GGGUGUGAGGAGGACGUUUUGGUUUCAAAAGCGUCCAAGUUCUCUUCAUGUAUUCUGCUUCUCUCUUUCUCUCCUCCCCUUUGGGUCCCACUCCUUUUCAUCUCUAUUCCUUCCCCUUCUUUCAAAACAACGGCGCGGACUUAAAACACCCAACACGUUUUUAGUUUUCUCUUCCUCCUCCUGCUGCUCUCGUUUCAUUUUGAAUAACAUACACAUACAAAGGUACUACCUUUGAUCCUUCCCCUUCUCUUCUCUCUAUUUCUUCCUUGUCUAUAAACUCACAAGUAUUCCCUUCAUAUCUUUUGUUGAAGUUUCUUUGCUUCUUCAUCUUGUUUUUGCUUUGUGUAAAACCAGCUGCUGGUUUUUUGGUCUACUAUUACCUGCCAUUUUUUAAAUCUUGGUGUUUCGUGGGGGGUUUUGGUUCCCUGGAGCAAUAAAGUAUGAAGAGGGGCCGUAUCUGGGAUCGUUACUUUCUGAUUGUAAUGUCUUACUGAAGAUAUUUCAGCCUUUCUUAUCUGUUUUUCUUUGUAUAUGAACUAUCUGCUGCUACUAUGCAUGUUUGAGAGUAAAGAAAAUCUGGAAGUGAGUUUGCUUUCUACCUGGGUUUUGCAGAUAUCUGUGAAUGAAAAGGAAGAAACGAAGAAGAAGAAUGUGUGCGCUAAAAGUUUUUAGGUGAUUGGAGUGGAGAUGGGGAUGUUUAAUUUUUAGAUAAAAGCAGCUGGUCUGCAAUUUCUGUGAAAGGUUUAAAGUUUACUUGCUCCAAGAAUGGAUUGAAAUAGAGGUUGCAGCCCUUUUUGGCCGCAAUGUUAAAACCUGCAGCUCCUGGGCUGUUGUUUCUCUUUUUACUCCUGAUAUCAGUAUCUGCAGAUGACAAUGGCUUUUCCCGGUGUAAUUGUGACGAUGAGGGUAGUUUAUGGAGUAUAGAGAACAUUCUAGAUUGCCAAAAAGUGGGCGAUUUCUUGAUUGCUGUGGCCUAUUUUUCGAUCCCUAUUGAACUGUUAUACUUUGUUAGCUGCUCUAAUGUCCCGUUCAAAUGGGUCCUCUUUGAGUUCAUUGCCUUCAUUGUUCUUUGCGGAUUGACCCAUUUGCUCAAUGGCUGGACCUAUGGCCCUCAUCCGUUUCAGCUUAUGGUUGCCCUUACUGUAUUCAAGAUUUUAACUGCUUUGGUCUCAUGUGCCACCGCCAUUACACUUUUCACUCUCAUUCCUUUGCUUCUCAAAGUGAAAGUAAGAGAAUUUAUGUUGAAGAAAAAGGCAUGGGAUCUUGGCCGUGAAGUUGGGAUUAUAAUGAAGCAGAAAGAAGCUGGGUUGCAUGUUCGUAUGCUAACUCAAGAGAUUCGAAAAUCGCUUGAUAGGCAUACUAUUCUUUAUACAACCCUUGUUGAGCUAUCUAAGACAUUGGGUUUGCAGAAUUGUGCAGUGUGGAUGCCUAACCAGAUUAGAACGGAGAUGAAUUUGACCCAUCCGUUGAACGAGGGUAAUUAUUCAAGUAUGGAUAAUCGUUCAAUACCAAUUUCUGAUCCUGAUGUUGUUAGGAUUAAAGGGAGUGACGGAGUGAACAUACUUAGGCCUGAAUCAGCACUUGCUGCUGCAAGCAGUGGAGGAUCUGGUGAGCCAGGGCCUGUUGCUGCAAUUCGAAUGCCAAUGCUUCGUGUUUGCAAUUUCAAAGGGGGAACUCCUGAGAUAAUUCAGGCUUGUUAUGCAAUAUUGGUGCUGGUUCUUCCAGGGGGACAGCCUAGAUCUUGGACCAACCAAGAAUUGGAGAUAAUUAAAGUGGUAGCUGAUCAGGUGGCUGUGGCUCUCUCUCAUGCUGCAGUUCUUGAAGAGUCCCAGCUCAUGAGGGAGAAGUUGGAGGAGCAAAAUCGGGCCUUGCAACAGGCAAAAAUGAAUGCGAUGAUGGCAAGCCAGGCUAGGACAGCAUUUCAGAAGGUAAUGAGUGAUGGCAUGAAGAGACCUAUGCACUCUAUUUUAGGCUUGAUUUCAAUGAUACAGGAUGGUAAUCUGAGUACUGAGCAACAGAUCCUCGUGGAUGCAAUGAUGAAGACUAGCAAUGUCUUGGCAACAUUGAUUAAUGAUGUGAUGGAAAUUUCAACAAAGGAUAGUGGAAGAUUUCCAUUGGAGGUGAGAUCUUUCCGUUUACAUGCCACUAUCAAAGAGGCUGCUUGUCUUGCCAAGUGCUUGUGCGUUUAUAGGGGAUUUGGAUUUUCAAUCAAUGUUGACAAAUCCUUGCCUGAUCAUGUCAUGGGUGAUGAGAGAAGGGUUUUUCAAGUGAUUUUGCAUAUGGUUGGUAACCUGCUGGAUGGCAAUAACAGAAAAGGGUCUGUGGCACUUCGGUUUCUCUUGGAUAAUGGAAGUCAGGAAAGAAAUGAUCAUAAAUGGGCAGCUUGGAGACAUAGCACAAUUGAUGGGGAUGUAUAUAUCAGAUUUGAGAUCACGAUGAACAAUGAUGCUUCUGAAUCAGAUGGUUCAAGUUCGGUCACGCCGGUUGGUGCUAGGAGCUAUGCCAGUGAUGGAAUUGAUGAGGGCUUGAGCUUCAGUGUUUGCAAAAAGCUGGUCCAGUUGAUGCACGGUAAGAUCUGGGCAGUCCCUAACUCUCAAGGUUUUCCUCAAAGCAUGGGGCUAAUUCUGCGGUUUCAACUUCGACCAUCCCUGUCAAUAGCCAUUUCUGAAUCUGGAGAAUCUUCAGAGCACCCACAUUCCAACUCUCUUUUCAGAGGCUUGCAAGUUUUGUUAGCCGAUGCAGAUGAUGUGAACAGAGCUGUGACCCGGAGACUGAUUGAGAAACUAGGUUGCUGUGUUACUACUGUUUCAUCUGGAUUUGAAUGUCUUAGCAUCAUUGGGCCGACUACAUCUACUUUCCAAGUCGUUCUUUUGGAUCUUCAGAUGCCGGAGUUGGAUGGAUUUGAAGUUGCAUCAAGAAUCCGGAAGUUCAGAAGCCGUAGUUGGCCAUUAAUAGUUGCCCUGACAGCAAGUGCUGAUGAAUUGUUGUGGGAAAGAUGUUCACAGAUUGGAAUAAAUGGUGUCAUUCAGAAACCACUUAUGCUUCAAGGAAUAGCAAAUGAGCUUCAAAGAGUCCUUGUGCAGGCAAACAAAGUCAUCUAAUGACAUUCUAUUCUGUAAGUCAUAAGUAGCCUUGAUUCUUCAGUUUUGGGGACUCAUAGAAUAGCCAAAUAGCUAUGAAUUAGUGGCCCCAUCCUAAAUAUCCCACCAAGCUUUCUAGUAUAGAAAUGUUUACACAUACGACAUUUACACCCACAAUGGUAUACAAAAUCAUCCUCUCAGUCGCAAACCAAGUUGAAACA